UGACAGCUGUUGACAUUGCAUCCUAUCGUCUGGACGUGAUACCAACACUCCGCCUCCGGUCGCUGUUGUCUCCUGCGGUGUGUGUGUGUGUGUUUGGUGAAAGCCAGUCAAAAAGACUAAAAUGGCGCUUACUUCUCAAGGAACAAAGAAAAAAGUUUGCUACUACUAUGAUGGUGAUGUUGGAAAUUAUUACUAUGGCCAGGGCCAUCCCAUGAAGCCUCACCGAAUCCGCAUGACACACAACCUGUUGCUCAACUAUGGCCUCUACAGAAAGAUGGAGAUAUAUCGCCCACACAAAGCCAGCGGAGAGGAAAUGACCAAGUAUCACAGCGAUGAUUACAUCAAGUUCCUGCGUUCAAUCCGACCAGAUAACAUGUCAGAAUACAGCAAACAGAUGCAGAGAUUUAACGUCGGGGAGGACUGUCCAGUGUUUGACGGUUUAUUUGAGUUCUGCCAGCUCUCAGCCGGGGGAUCUGUUGCUGGUGCUGUGAAAUUGAACAAACAGCAGACUGAUAUUGCAAUCAACUGGGCCGGAGGACUGCACCAUGCCAAGAAGUCAGAAGCCUCAGGUUUUUGCUACGUCAAUGAUAUCGUACUGGCUAUUCUGGAGUUAUUAAAAUAUCACCAGAGAGUUCUGUACAUAGAUAUUGACAUCCAUCACGGAGACGGUGUGGAGGAGGCUUUUUACACCACAGAUCGUGUCAUGACUGUGUCCUUCCACAAGUAUGGAGAGUACUUCCCAGGAACUGGCGACCUUAGGGAUAUUGGUGCUGGAAAAGGUAAAUAUUAUGCUGUGAAUUAUCCACUAAGGGAUGGGAUUGACGACGAGUCAUAUGAAGCCAUAUUCAAACCUAUCAUGGCUAAGGUGAUGGAGAUGUACCAGCCCAGUGCAGUGGUCCUCCAAUGUGGAGCUGAUUCUCUGUCAGGAGACAGGCUUGGUUGUUUUAAUCUCACGAUUAAAGGCCAUGCCAAAUGUGUAGAGUACAUAAAGGGCUUCAACCUGCCACUGUUAAUGCUGGGUGGAGGAGGCUAUACGAUCCGCAAUGUGGCACGCUGCUGGACAUAUGAGACUGCUGUGGCCCUUGAUAGCUCCAUUCCCAAUGAGCUCCCCUACAAUGACUAUUUUGAGUACUUUGGACCAGACUUCAAGCUGCACAUCAGCCCCUCCAAUAUGACAAAUCAGAACACCAAUGACUACCUGGAGAAGAUCAAGCAGCGUUUGUUUGAGAACCUGCGAAUGUUACCCCACGCUCCUGGAGUUCAGAUGCAAGCCAUCCCAGAGGAUGCUGUGCAGGAGGACAGUGGAGAUGAGGAGGAGGAGGAUCCCAACAAGCGCAUAUCCAUCCGUGCCCAUGACAAGAGGAUAGCUUGUGAGGAAGAGUUCUCUGAUUCGGAGGAUGAAGGUGAAGGAGGCCGCAGAAAUGCAACCAGCUUCAAGAAAGCUAAGCGAGCCAAAACUGAAGGAGAGAAGGAGGGAGAAGAAAAGGAGAAGAAAGGUGAGGAGGAAACAAAAGAAGUAAAAGAAGAAGAUAAAGUACCAGAGGAGGAGAAAAUGGACACCUCAAAGCCAAAAGAGGAGUCCAAGACACCUUGAAGUCCUCUGCACGCACUGAUGUCAACGUAACAUAUCAGAGCAGACAUUAAAACUUUUUUUUCUCUGAAUAAAAAGUAUUUCUGGACCGCUGUGGUGGAAAUCAGUGAAGACUGUACCUUUUUAAAAUGAGAUCUUACUCCUUCAGAAUGGGAUGGAGAUCAGUUUUUUAGGUUUUGUUUUUCUAGAAGACCUUUGCAACUUUGCUAUUUUUGAACAGAAGUCAGCUUUUUUUCUCAUAGUUUUUUUUCCCUCAAUCUUAUGCUUAUAUUUGCCUCUGUCCUUGUGAACAUCUCUGUAAAAAUGGCUCAUUGGUUUUUAUAUAUCUGGAUUUAAUUUAUUUAAGUCAUAGAUAUUUUGGCUACUUUUUGUUUUUCAGCCCCACCUUUGUCCUGUGCCUUUUGAUAAUGUAGUUUGAGCAUGUUGGUAUAAUAGAUUCUAUGUAUCAUUUCUGUGUCUGGUGUUGGAAGAUUGCAUAUUCCUAAACUGUUUUGAUUGUCCACUAUCAACAAACUACGUUCUGAUAUUUUAGGUUAUACGUUAGUUUAUAUCCUUUAGAGAUGCAGAGGCAUCUUUGGAUCAUUUCCAAGACUCCUGCCCCAUAAUGAUGAAAGUGUUCCUUCAAAAGGAUGCCUGUUGUAGGGCUUUGAGUCUCCUGAAGAUAAAUGUCAGAAGUAAUUGUUGUAAAUAUUUGUAUUCUGAAAACAUUAAAACUGUUAAACAAAA